AUGGUUCUCAUCGCGUGUCACGAUUCUGAUAACGAGUCCUUUUAGAGAUAAGUAUUUAGAAAUAAAAUGACAAUAAAGCUUACGACAAUAAUUAAAGUAAGGUUUAAUUAGAGGUUUAAUAGGUUAAUUGGAAGAGAUAAAAUGGCGAAUACGGCACAUUUGAUGAGGCGACAGAGUUCGCGGGACCUGUAUGCCCAGCGUUCGAUAGAUCGGAUGGAGAUGAAGGAGUUGCGUGGGAGACUGGUGACCAUGGAGAAUGGGCAUCCGUCGCACCGCGCCCAUGUCAUGUAUGGAGCCACCAACGAGGCUUUUGAGGACACCAGCCCGAAUAGACGGUCCCCCGACACGCCUACAAGCAAAGCCAGCUCGGUGGAAGAGAGAGGCAACUUGAAGCCUGAAGGAGGAGGGGUUGAGAGAGAAUCUUGGGACAGCAAGCUGACGUUCUUACUGGCGACUGUUGGAUAUGCCGUCGGCUUGGGCAACGUGUGGAGAUUCCCGUAUUUGGCUCAGAAGAACGGAGGCGGAGCGUUUUUGAUUCCGUAUUUCGUGAUGUUGGCUAUCGAGGGGAUUCCGAUAUUUUAUUUGGAGCUGGCGAUUGGGCAGAGGUUGAGGAAGGGGGCUAUCGGCGUGUGGCACCAGGUGUCUCCCUACCUGGGGGGCAUUGGGAUCAGUUCUGCGGUGGUGUCGUUCAACGUGGCGCUGUACUACAACUCGAUCAUAGCCUGGUGCCUGUUCUACUUCGCGCAGAGCUUCCAGGCGGAGCUGCCCUGGUCUGAGUGCCCGAAGAAGUACUUCAGCAAUGGAUCUUACAUCUUGGAGCCGGAGUGCGCGGUGAGCAGUCCCACACAAUACUUCUGGUACCGAACCACGCUUCAGAUCUCAGAAGACAUCAACCACCCGCAAAGCUUCAACUACAAAAUUGCCUUGGCCCUCGUCAUCGCCUGGAUCCUCGUCUACAUGUGCAUGAUCAAGGGCAUCGCGUCCUCAGGGAAGGUCGUCUACGUAACCGCCACUUUCCCCUACAUAGUCCUCGUUAUUUUCUUCUUCAGAGGCAUAACUUUGAAGGGCAUGAGCGACGGCCUGAUACAUUUGUUCACGCCGAAAUGGCACACGAUUCUGGACCCUGUUGUCUGGCUCGAAGCAGGCACGCAGAUAUUCUUUUCGCUUGGCCUCGCGUUUGGGGGCUUAAUUGCAUUUUCCUCGUACAAUCCCGUCGACAACAACUGCUAUAGAGACGCGAUAAUGGUCUCUAUGACGAAUUGCUUAACGUCGAUGUUUGCUGGGAUAGUAGUUUUCUCGAUAAUUGGUUUCAAAGCCACUAUGGUCUACGAGAAGUGCUUGGACGUGAGGAAUGAGACUUUGUUGGAAGUUUUCGGGCCGGCGUACGCGUCAAUGACGUUUCCCGAGGCAGGGCAACUGGUGGAAUUGGAUUUGAACGGGAACUUGACGAAGUUGGUCAUGCCCCACUUGCCGGAGUGCGAUUUACAGAAGGAAUUGGAUAAUACGGCGUCCGGCACAGGCCUGGCCUUCAUAAUCUUCACAGAAGCCAUCAACCAGUUCCCCGGCGCGCAGUUCUGGUCGGUUCUGUUCUUCCUGAUGCUGUUCACCCUGGGCAUAGACUCCCAAUUCGGGACUCUAGAAGGAGUCGUCACCUCCAUAGUGGAUAUGAAGCUAUUCCCGAACCUGAGAAAGGAGUAUUUGACGGGUGGUCUAUGCCUGAUCUGCUGCCUUUUGUCUAUGGGCUUCGCACAUGGAGCAGGCAGCUACAUAUUCCUGCUCUUUGACAUGUACAGUGGAAACUUCCCGCUGCUGAUCAUAGCGUUCUUCGAAUGUGUGGGGAUCGCGUAUGUGUAUGGUGUGAAAAGGUUCGCCGACGACAUAGAGCUCAUGACGGGUCAGCGUCCAGGGAUAUACUGGCUCAUUUGCUGGAAGUACCUGUCUCCCCUGGCGAUGCUCUCCAUCCUGAUAUCCUCCUUCGCGGAGCUAGCCAUGGAGGGGUCAGGGUACGAGGCCUGGAUGAAGAAUGAAGGGGACACCGUGAAGAAACCCUGGCCUGUGUGGGCGGUGAUGCUUGUGUUGGUGCUGGUGCUGUCUUCUGUGCUGUGGAUACCUGGACUUGCUAUCUGCAGGUACUUCGGCUUCCCGAUCAUCGACGACGAGGAGCGCGCCUGGUUCCCGGCUGAAGAGUUGCGUGACUUCCACGGCAUCGAACCCAGGCCCGUGUCUGCGACUGAGACAUUACUGUUCUGCACCAAGCCAGACGGCAGCGAGAGCUGCUGCUGGCCGGGGUGCUGCGAAACUGAUGAUGAUGAGUAG